UGUGUGAAAGCUUGCAGCUCUAGCAUGUGGACACUCACAGGGACUUUGACACUCUACAUACUUCUGCCUGUCACCUUUCUUCCUCUGUGGGGCGGGACAAUAGGAAGGGCCUGUCAGCUCAGCUAGGGCGGGGUCAGGAGCCAAAAGCCAGCGUCAUGGAUAUUUGACUUCCAGAUGGUACCAAAAGGGAAUAUAAUAUCAGUCUUUCCUCCUUUUCUCGGGACAGCUCCCCAGCCUUCACCCGGUGGGCCCAACGUGAGAGAGCGGCAUGCGGCACCCCCUGGCUGGCCCAGUGUCUUCUGACCUGCUGUUGACUGCCCCCAGGAGGCCCUGACGCCCUGGGGCACUUUUGCUCUGCACAGGACCACGUUGGGGUUUGCCAUGGUGACAUAAACGGGCGCAGAGGAAGGAAGGAGCAAGAGCAGGCUAUAGACUGUGCCCCUGGCUGGGAGAAAGGGCCAGGGGCCCACAGCUUUCCCUCCACUGCUCUGUGAACGUCUCACUUCCUAAGUCUCUGAAUCUCUCAGUCAGUGGACAACUCUUGGGCCUCCUGUGUGAGGUCUUGAGGGGGCCAGGUCAGGCUGGGCCUCUGCUGGUUGAGAUCUUGGGGGCCAGGAUGCCUGCCCUGGCGUGCCUCCGGAGGCUGUGUCGGCACAUGUCCCCACAGGCUGUCCUUUUCCUGCUGUUUGUCUUCUGCCUGUUCAGCGUCUUUGUCUCUGCCUACUACCUAUAUGGUUGGAACCGGGGCCUUGAGCCCUCAGCGGAUGCUUCUGAGUCCGACUGUGGGGACCCACCACCCGUUGCCCCUAGCCGUCUGCUGCCGAUCAAGCCCGUGCAGGCGGUCGCCCCUUCCCGGACGGACCCACUGGUGCUGGUAUUUGUGGAGAGCCUCUAUUCACAGCUGGGCCAGGAGGUGGUGGCAAUCCUGGAAUCCAGCCGCUUCAAGUACCGGACGGAGAUUGCCCCGGGGAAGGGGGACAUGCCCACACUCACUGACAAGGGCCGUGGCCGCUUCGCCCUCAUCGUCUAUGAGAACAUCCUCAAGUAUGUCAACCUGGAUGCCUGGAACCGGGAGCUCCUGGACAAGUACUGUGUGGCCUACGGCGUGGGCAUCAUUGGCUUCUUCAAGGCCAAUGAGAACAGCCUGCUGAGUGCACAGCUCAAAGGCUUCCCUCUUUUCCUGCAUUCGAACCUGGGCUUGAAGGACUGCAGCAUCAACCCCAAGUCCCCACUGCUCUAUGUGACACGGCCCAGUGAGGUAGAGAAAGGGGUGCUGCCCGGUGAGGACUGGACCGUGUUCCAGUCCAACCACUCUACCUAUGAACCAGUGCUGCUGGCCAAGACACGCUCCUCCGAGUCCAUCCCACACCUGGGUGCGGACGCUGGCCUGCAUGCUGCACUGCAUGCUACUGUGGUCCAGGACCUGGGCCUCCAUGAUGGCAUCCAGCGUGUGCUGUUUGGCAACAACCUCAACUUUUGGCUGCAUAAGCUUGUCUUCGUGGAUGCUGUGGCCUUCCUCACAGGGAAGCGCCUCUCGCUGCCUUUGGACCGGUACAUCCUGGUGGAUAUCGAUGACAUAUUUGUUGGCAAGGAGGGCACACGCAUGAAGGUGGAAGAUGUGAAGGCCCUGUUUGAUACACAGAAUGAACUUCGCACACACAUACCAAACUUCACCUUCAACCUGGGCUACUCGGGGAAAUUCUUCCACACAGGUACAGAUGCUGAGGAUGCUGGGGAUGAUCUGCUGCUGUCCUAUGUGAAAGAGUUCUGGUGGUUCCCCCACAUGUGGAGCCACAUGCAGCCCCACCUCUUCCACAACCAGUCUGUGCUGGCUGAGCAGAUGGCCCUGAACAAGAAGUUCGCUGUCGAGCACGGCAUUCCCACAGACAUGGGGUAUGCAGUGGCGCCCCACCACUCUGGUGUGUACCCUGUGCAUGUGCAGCUAUAUGAGGCCUGGAAGCAGGUGUGGAGCAUCCGUGUGACCAGCACAGAGGAGUACCCCCAUCUGAAGCCCGCCCGCUACCGCCGUGGCUUCAUCCACAAUGGCAUCAUGGUCCUUCCUCGGCAGACCUGCGGCCUCUUCACACAUACCAUCUUCUACAAUGAGUACCCUGGAGGCUCCAGUGAGCUGGACAAGAUCAUCAAUGGCGGCGAGCUCUUCCUCACUGUGCUCCUCAAUCCUAUCAGCAUCUUCAUGACACACUUAUCCAACUAUGGAAACGACCGCCUAGGGCUGUACACCUUCAAGCACCUGGUGCGCUUCCUGCACUCUUGGACCAACCUGAGGUUGCAGACACUGCCCCCUGUGCAGCUGGCCCAGAAGUACUUCCAGAUCUUCUCUGAGGAGAAGGACCCGCUUUGGCAGGAUCCCUGUGAGGACAAACGCCACAAAGAUAUCUGGUCUAAGGAGAAGACAUGUGACCGAUUUCCAAAGCUUCUCAUCAUUGGCCCCCAGAAAACAGGCACCACGGCCCUCUACCUGUUCCUGGGCAUGCACCCAGACCUCAGCAGCAACUACCCCAGCUCCGAGACCUUUGAGGAGAUCCAGUUUUUUAACGGCCACAACUAUCACAAAGGCAUUGACUGGUACAUGGAGUUCUUUCCUAUCCCCUCCAACACCACCUCUGACUUCUACUUUGAGAAAAGUGCCAACUACUUUGAUUCAGAAGUGGCACCACGGCGGGCAGCUGCCCUGUUGCCCAAAGCCAAGAUCCUCACCAUCCUCAUCAAUCCAGCUGACCGGGCUUACUCCUGGUACCAGCACCAGCGAGCCCAUGAUGACCCGGUGGCCCUAAAGUACACCUUCCACGAGGUGAUCACAGCUGGCGCUGAUGCCUCCUCAAAGCUGCGUGCUCUCCAGAACCGUUGCUUGGUCCCUGGCUGGUAUGCAACGCAUAUUGAACGCUGGCUCAGCGCCUUUCAUGCCAACCAGAUCCUGGUCUUGGAUGGCAAACUGCUGCGUACAGAACCUGCCAAAGUGAUGGACACAGUGCAGAAGUUCCUUGGGGUGACCAGCACUGUUGACUACCACAAAACCUUGGCGUUUGACCCAAAGAAAGGAUUUUGGUGCCAACUGCUUGAAGGAGGAAAAACCAAGUGUCUGGGCAAAAGCAAGGGACGGAAAUAUCCAGAGAUGGACUUGGAUUCCCGAGCCUUCUUGAAGGAUUACUACCGGGACCACAACAUUGAGCUCUCUAAGCUGCUGUAUAAGAUGGGCCAGACACUGCCCACCUGGCUGCGGGAGGACCUCCAGAACACCAGGUAGCCUCGGCCACCACAGCCAGACAGAACGCUUGUGUUAGCAGGGAUGUCCUGCCUCACACUGAGCCAGACUGACCUGCCAAGAAGGGUGCUGGGCCCGGCCAGCCAAAAGCAACGAGCAAUACUCUGCUAAGGCCCAUUGGGGCCGGAAGCCCAGGCAGGUCUGCAAACGCCUCAGCAUCCACUGCUGGAUGUGUGGCCUGUGGGACCUCUCUGGUACCGGAGGUCCAUUCCGUUCGUUUGCAGCCCCCCUGCCUGGGGGAGACCACUUCCUGUUGGUGGAAGGUCAUUUCCUGGUAGGAGGAGUCCUGGAGACUCCCUCCUGUCCCUCACUGUGUUCUACCACUCCUGCCCUUUCCUUUGUCACAUCAUACCCUGUUCCAGCAGGGUGUCCCCUCAGUAUUAGGUGCCAUAUUUCCCUGUCCUCCAGACAGUAAAGGAGAAGAGCGCAGCUGGGCCUUUCGCCCAACUAGGUAGGAAGACCGGGCAUGUCCCUGAGGGUUUUGAGCCAGGCUCUGCCGGGCUUUCGCUAGGCACCCAGAUGCACUCAUUGGAUUGGAUGUGAGGGUGGCCAUCUUGAGAGGACAUAUGGCCUCUGUAUUUGGGUUAUUACUAUCACAUCUCAUCUCCCCUUUGUGGGAAAGACUCUGCUCCCUAUCAUGUCCACCUAGCACUCAUGGUCUCCUGUAGGCCCUGGGCCACUGCCAUGCCACUGGGCCCAGAGACGUGGGCCUUGGCCCUGUCCUGUUCACCUGGAUGUGACACGUGGUGUUUCCUGUGGUAAAGGCUGAAGCGAGUCAGGAGUCUGCCAGUGUCCUUGCUCCCAUGUACAUAUCUCGUUUCACAGCCACCGUUCGGCCCAGUGGACACGACAGAGGCAGCAAGCAGUGCUGUCCACUGCUCUGCCCAGCAACCUGUGGCCGAGGGUCCCCAGAGACCCCCUUAACCUCCCAAAUACUAAGACGCUAAAGUAUUUUAAUAUUAUGUGUUUUUUUUUUCUUGGUGCCAGAGUUUAUACCCUGGGUGCUGGGGUCGCACUGUGUUUUAUAUAUAUAUAUAUAAUGUGUAUAUAUAUAUUAUAUUUUUUUUGGUUGGGUUUGUUUUUAAUUCAGUCGUACACAAUGGUGGCAAGCCCUGGCCUCAAAGGAUUGUCGUAUCUUAAUGCUAGAGAAUGAGGUGGAGGGAAGGGGAGGGUGCUCGUAAGAGCCCAGGCCUCAGGGAGACCGCGUGAAGGGCCCUGCUUCCC